UCUCGACGGUGUCUGACUCUGCUGGUGUAGAUGGCGCGCAGUGUCUGGCGCGUAAUACUCUAAACACAAUACCUGGCCUGCACAUCUCGACCUGCGGGACAAUCGCCUCCACUGCUCAUACAACCGCAUUCGUCGCGCAGCGUCCAUUGCCUCGCUCGCGCCUCACGCACUUCAUAACUUGGCUCGUACUUUGAUCAGAACACACAUCUAACGAUCUAUGGGCAAUGCACAAUCUGGAUCGACUCUGACGCGUACGACGGGGGCGCUGGACUCGUUCGUUGGGGAGUUGGGAGGGGAUGUGGUUUAUGACAAGAGCUUGGGAGCGGCACGAUUCCUGAAGACUGUGAAGUGCCGGCACCCUAACGGCUUCCUGGUGGUCAAGAUAUUCAUCAAGCCAGAUCCGGGGUUGAGUCUGAGGACGUAUGCUAGGAGAUUGAAAGUCGAGCGAGAGGCGCUGUCAGAGCUGCCGAACAUCUAUAGCUACCAGAGCUUCGUUGAGACGGAGCGAGCGGGGUACACCAUCCGCCAGUAUGUGGCUAGCAAUCUAUACGACCGCAUCAGUACCCGCCCCUUCCUCUCCCCGAUCGAGAAGAAGUGGAUCGCGUACCAAGUACUGUCCGCCCUCAGUGACGCGCGCGCCCGAAAGGUCUCGCACGGCGACAUCAAAUCCGAGAACAUCCUCGUCACCUCCUGGAACUGGGUCUACCUCACCGACUUCGCAUCCUACAAACCAACCUACCUCCCGCUCGACGACCCCGCGGACUUCUCGUUCUUCUUCGAUACGGCGGGGAGACGAACAUGCUACCUCGCGCCGGAGCGGUUCUACACAGCGGAUAGUCAACCGGCGAUUAGUGCGAAGAAGUCGAGGUUGGCGGAGGCGGAGGAGGGCGAGGGCGAGGGGAGGAGGGAUGGGAAGGUGACGGAGGCGAUGGAUGUGUUUGGCGCGGGAUGUGUGCUGGCGGAGUUGUUUUUGGAGGGGGAGCCGCUGUUCACGCUCAGUCAGCUGUUCAAGUAUAGGGAUGGGGAGUAUGCGGUGGAUGGGCCGCUGGCGAGGAUUGAGGAUGAGGGUGCGAGGACGUUGAUCAAGCAGAUGAUCUCGCUGGAUCCGGCGCUGCGACCGACAUUCGACGAUGCGCUUGCUCAGGCUAGAGGGACGGUCUUUCCGGAGACUUUCUACACCUUCCUGCAUCAGUAUGUCCUAUCCGUCAACGAGUUGCCAGCAACGUCGCCCUUCGGCGCGUCGACACCUGCUGUGCCGUCUACGCCUGUUCCGCCGGGUAUGGCGCCUUCUACCUCCAGUGCGACGGUUAGGCCUUCGCCGGGCGGUGCUUCGCGCGAACCCGAGACAGGGACGACUAUGGACGUCCUGCCGAGCGAUUCUGACCGGAGGAUAGAGCGCCUGUGGACGGAUUGGGAGACUAUUGAGGCCGGGCUCUCGCUUGCACCCAGCACGGUAGAGGAGGAGGGCGCGGAUGUGAAGGUGGGCAAGAGCGGAUCGUCGUGUCCGAUGACACUUGAGCGAGGUUCUCAACAGGUCCAGUAUGGAUACUCGGCACCUGCCAUCAAAUCCCUACAAGACGUCCUUCCCGUGCAGCUACAUCUGCCAGGCUACGAAACCAGAUUGACACAGGGGCCUGCUGCGGCUUUGGAAGACGGCCCAGCACUGAUCAUCCUCGCGCUCGUGUCUUCGAAUGUCCGGAACUGCAGUUUGCCGUCUUCGAAGACGCGAGCGCUGGAUCUCCUGUUGGCCCUCUGCCCGCAUCUGACGGACGAGGCGAAGCUGGACCGUAUGGUGCCGUACAUUGUCGACUUGUUACACGAUGAUGCGGCAACGGUGCGGUCUAGCGCGUUGAGGACAUUGAUACAGGUACUCAUGCUCGUCACCGCCCUUACGCCCUCCAACGCGGCCAUCUUCCCCGAGUACAUCAUCCCGAACAUAUGGCACCUCGUACAAGAUGCGGACGUGUCUGUGCGAUGCAUGUACGCACAGUGUAUAGUCCAGUUUGCGAACACGGCGGUGAGGUAUUUGGAGAUGGGGCAGGCGUUGCGUGCGCAUGGGACGUUCCAGCUGUCGACAGAGCCGCAGGAGUAUGAGGCGGCGGAUAAUGAGCUCUCCUACGAUGCUUCCAUGCAAGACCUGCAAAACGCCAUCCAGCAACAUCUCUCUGCGCUCCUCACGGAUCCCUCGAGCGUGGUCAAGCGCGCGGUAUUACACGAUAUCUCGUCCUUAUGCAUCUUCCUCGGUCGCCAGCGCACGAAUGACGUGCUGCUCAGUCAUAUCAUCACGUAUCUCAAUGAUAGGGACUGGAUGCUUCGGCAUGCGUUCUUUGAGAGUAUCGUGGAUGUGGCGGCGUGCGCGGGGGGAAGGAGCUUGGAGGAGUAUAUUUUGCCGUUGAUGAUUCAGGCGUUGUCGGAUGUUGAGGAGAGCGUGGUGGCGAAGGUGCUGGGUGCGCUUACGAGUCUUUGUGAUAUCGGCCUCUUUCAGAAGAUGCGGCUUUGGGAGUUGAUGAGCGCGACCCUUGGGUUCUUGUACCAUCCGAAUGUGUGGAUUCGGCAAGCUGCUGCUGCCUUCAUCUCGUCCGCCGCCCGGCCACUACCGGACGCGGACGUGUGGUGCAUUCUCUACCCUUCGCUACGACACUUCCUGAAGUCGGAUGUGGCGACUAUCGACGAGAAGAGUCUCCUCAUGGCGAUGAAGCCUCCGCUGUCUCGACAAAUAUUCGAUGCGGCAGUGCAAUGGGCGAUGAAGUCCGACAAGUCGAACUUCUGGCGAGGUCAGCGCCGCGCAAGAACGGAGUCGCCACGGGAGAGCGUUGUCGCUAUUAGGAAGUCGGGCAAUACGAUUGCGAGGAAUAGGAAUGAGGAGGACGACGCGCAACUGGCAAAGCUGAAGCAGAUGGGCAUGUCUUCAACGGAGGAGUCGAAGCUGCUCGCGAUGCGUGACUACAUCCUCAAGCUGGCGAAUGCUACGGCAAGCUUUGGCUCUCGAUUGGGCACCGAGGUCGAGACGGAGAGGAACCUGAAGACCAUCGAGCCGAUCGAGCUACCAAAGUUGAACGUAGUGCCGCAAACUAUCUUCCUUGACAGUCGUACCACUACGCCGACGACAGCCCGACCACGACUGUACUCAUCCCCGCGCAAGGCUGGCCUGGAGAUGACCCCACGAUCAAUGCCCAUGAGUCCUCUGGGCAGGAUAGUCAGUCUCGAAUCUCCGGCGCCGUUCGAGGAUCUUCGUCGGCGACUCGCAACUAUCAAUGGCUCUGCAGCGUCGUUGGGCACACCACCGCCUUCCUCACCGCGACAACCGAACCCUAUGCAAAGUCUAGCGCCCUUCCCUCCUUCACCCGCCUCUCCAUCGCCUGCUCCUCGACGGCCGGAUAGUCCGACGGAGUCUAUUGUCUCGACAACGAACUCGUCUGCUUUCCGUCCUCCAAGCAGACUACAGGUCGGGAGCAUGGACACGCAUAAAGCUGCCCCGCUCAUCGGUUCGUCGAGAGCGAAUGCGACUGGGGUGCUCGAGGCCCAUGCUACAAUGCGGGAGAUCUCGCCUUCACGUUCUGGUCGGUCCUCGCCUACAUCCAUGCAUGGUGGUCCAUCGGCGCAACGACAAAAUGCGCCCGGCUUGCAGCACCUGCGAACCCUGGGCACUGAACCCAGCGUGAACAACCUGCUCGAACAUAUCGUACACGAGAACAACCGCGAGCUACAGAACGACUUCGGGCCGAAAGUGCACGAAGGGCCUGUCCGGAGACGAAAUCCUGUCCGUCAUGGCUUCGGCAACCGCGACGGGUCACGACGGACAGAGGCGACGCUCGUCGCGCACCUAUCGCCUCAUAGCGCAGCCAUCACUGGUAUUGCUGUGUCGCCUGACCACAUGUUCUUCGUGUCGGCGUCGGACGACAUGACGGUCAAGGUCUGGGACUCGGCGCGUCUUGAACGCAAUGUCACGAGCAAGCCGCGGCACACGUAUACGCAGCAUCAUGCGCGGGUGAAGAGUGUGUGUACGCUCGAGGGCGUGCAUUGCUUUGCGAGUGCGGCGGAUGACGGGAGUCUGCAUGUCGUGCGCGUGCAUGUGUCACAGAACGGGGCGGUACCGAAGUAUGGCAAGCUGCAGACCAUACGCGAGUAUCGUGUAGACAAUGUUGGCGAGUACAUCACUUGCAUGUCCCAUUUCAACACAGACAACGCGUCCAACCUUGUUUACUGCACGACUCAUUCAACGAUCACCAUCCUGGACCUUCGCCUCAUGCGCGUGUUGCAGACCAUGGAGAAUCCACGACAGUACGGGCCCAUCACCUGCAUGGCUAUGGACCGCAAGAGAACGUGGAUACUUGUCGGAACGUCCACCGGAGUGCUUUCCCUAUGGGAUCGCCGCUUCGGUUUGCUCCUGAAGAGCUGGCAUACAGCUGCCGCUUCCAACGGGAAAUGCGCCCGAAUACACCAAUGCGUCGUCCAUUCGACCAAGGGGAAGGGCAAAUGGAUUAUGGUCGCCGUCGAGACAGCGAAGCAAGAUCCCGAGCAAGGCCACCCCGCGGUCAUCGUAGAGGUGUGGGAUAUAGAGAAGAUGCAGCUUAUGGAGACGUUCGUGACGCGCACAUCUCUAGCCUCGGAGCCGUUCUCGCAGAAGUUCGACGCUUCUGGCACGGAGGCCGACACCAGCCCAGCGUCGGCGAUAGCAGCGCUGGUACGCUCCCGUCAAGCCGGUGCGGACAGAUCCCGAUUGCCAUCGGACAGCAUCUUCAAGGAAGAGCCAGCGGCUCCGGCGCCUGACAUUCGCUGUCUCGUUGUCGGCACAGAAUUCGGUGGACAUACAGCGCACGUAUCGGACUAUGGCACUCGAGCGAAGGAGCAUCGACUGAGAGGCUUCAUGCUCAGCGGCUCAGAGGACAGGAAGAUGCGCGUAUGGGAUCUUGAGAAGCCGGAUAGGACAACCAUACUCACUGGCGCCGAUGCGGAGCAGGAGAGUCCGAAGUACAGCAUUGUUUCGGACGAUGGCUCUGCGACCGCGAUCGUUGAGACGUGGCCCCCUGCGCCUAGUCCAAGCUCAACGAAUCGACCAACGCAGCGACUUUCUCUCAUCACGAACAACCAGCAGAACUUGCUGAAGGCCCAUCAAGAUAUCAUCACGGCAUUGGCCUGCAUCGACUCACCCUUUCGCGGCGGUGUUGUCAGCGGUGACCGUUCCGGUACGCUCAAAGUGUGGAGGGUCGACGUCGGCGUCAGCGAUGCAUAGCCAUCUAUUUUCUUUGCUCCUCUAAAUUUUUAUUCUUCAUAUCCAUGCUCGCAAUCCAUCAUGCUGACUGCUAUGUGCCUCUUGAGGAGUUGUGCAUCACGGGCUUGAUUUGUGACUGGAGGCCAGGGUGUCUAGAGCCUGAGGCGUCUGGCGGCGUGGUUUGGGUGGCCUGUGGCAAUGCCCGCUGCUCACCUCGCGCAUUCAAUCCUUUGAUAGGUAUACCCAGAGACUACCUUACGAUUGACUUCGGUCAAGCCCUGCAGAGAACUUGGCUUCAUGAACCUGAUUCGCCCAUUCAGUCAUUC